AUGGAUGCACAUAAAUCCAACAACAUCAGUACAUACCAGGACAAUCGCUUUAAAAAAGAAUAUAGAUUUUUGGCGAGACUUUUGACAAGAAACCAAAUAGAUUACAAGUGGGAGAGAAUAGAGGGAGUAUCAUUCAGCUACAAACAAAGAAGGUAUAGAGUUAAUACAAUAGAUAAAGCUAAAGAGAUAUAUGAAAAAAUAUCUAAAGAUAUAGAAAAGGAAAGGGAAACGAAAGAGGAAAAGAAACAAUACAAAAAUGAUAUAGAAGAGAGGAAAGAGAAGAAAUCUCCGGCCCUUGCCGCUGCCGCUAAUGUGGCUGCUGCGGCGCAACCCACCUCCUCCCCCGUCCGCCUCUUCUCUUACUCGGCGGCAGAAGCGCCGCUGCCACCGGCCCCCACUGGGGGGCUCAUGCGCCGCCCAGCCUCAGCAGGGGCCAGUGGCAGCGCGCGCCUGACCCAUUCCCUCGUGCGCGCAGAAGAAGAGGCAUGGGGACAAUGCUGGGAACAUGGUGAGAACCUGAUUUGGUUUUGUGUCCAGGAAUCGGCUCUCCUCUGUAAGGUCUGCAAGGCAUCUGGAGAUCAGGCAUCUCAUACUGUGAAGUCUGUUGAAGAUGCUGCCCCAGCCAUGCAAGACCCUGAACAGGCCAUCCAGAGGCAUCACCGUCCCCCGCUGAACGGAAAUCCUUGUCACACGGAGAUCACUGGCAAGAGCGACUGGAAACCUACUGCAGUGCCGCAAUCACAAGCAGAACAGACUUCUGUCUCCAGUGAAGCUGCUGGCUAUAAAGUCAGGGGUCGGCAACCCCCGGCCCGCGGGCCGCCUCCAGCCCACGGAGGCGGCAGGACCGGCCCCAGGCUGGCCGGCGCCACCACGCCACUGCCGCCUCCGGGGCUUCUGCAGGCUCCUCCCAGGGCCCACGCGGCCCAGGCCUCUCCUUCUGAGGCCCCCUCAGAGGCCGGGAAGGAGCCGGCGGAGCUGCCCACGCGGGAUGUGAAAAAUGUGUUAAGCAGGAGUAGAAAUGUGACCCUGGUGCAAACAGAAGCUGUUUCUAUUGAAUUCAAGAAUAUAUAUAACAUUCCUUGCAUCAACAUUAUUGAAAUUCUGACCAAAUUCAAAGUGGAUGUGACUCUGGAUCCUGCCACAGCUCAUCCAAGCCUUGUCAUCUCCGAGGACAGGAAGAGCGUGAAAUAUGGAGGACGACAGUCAGAGCAGCUUACCAAAGAGAACUGCACUGGGAGAUUUGACACCUAUGUCCUUGUUUUGGGCUCUGAGAAGUUCACGUCAGGGAGGCACUACUGGGAGGUGGAGGUGGGUGACAGUACAGAGUGGGACUUGGGGGUCUAUAGGGAAGCUGUGGGCAGGAAGGAACAGGUGAGCAUAAUGUCCCCCAUGAGUGGAUUCUGGAGACUGUGGCUUCGGAAUGGAGACCAGUACAAGGCUCUGAUCUCCCGUCCUAUACUGCUCCCCAUGAAUGUGAAACCAAUGCGGGUGGGGGUUUUCUUGGACUAUUCAGAAGGUAAAGUUUCGUUUUACAAUGUGACAGAAAAGACCCACAUUUACACAUAUGUUGGGACAUUCUACACCCCCUUGCGGCCUUUCUUCAGUCCAAGCCGUCCUAAGAAAGGGGACAAAGCAUAUCCCUUGAAUAUCUGUCCAGGUCCAAGGAAUGGUAAUACCAGGAGAGAGGCAGACAGACCUACCCAAGAGCCAGAUUUUUCAAAUGUACUAUAAUGGGCUUCCUCCCUACACUACAAACAGAUCUUUGCCCAACUUCCAUGUUGCCUACAGGCCCUCUUACCACAAUGAUUUGCUUUGUACCCACAUAUUUGUUGCUGAAAACAACUGAAGCGCCUUUGUAUGCAUGCACUGAGGUAUGCAUGGCUCCUCAUCCCUCAGCUGACAUA